AUGAGAAUAACAAGGCUGCUGCGGCAAGCAGAGAAUACUGCACAAGCUACUUCACUCCCACCGAGACCUCCAAAACCUGAAUCACGCCAUAUUGGCUUCUACAGGCAAUUCGGCAGACCCUUGACACGCGUCUUUCUCAUGUCUAGCAUUACCUAUUACUCGUUGCACUAUCUAUACUGGUCGUUGGACUAUGAUGAGAUGUCUGCAGAGAAGCAGCAGCAGAUUCGCUCGCUCGAGGCAGAAUUGGACGCCAAGACACGAACAGCAUAG